AUGUCUCCCGCGGUGGCAGCCCCAACAAAUGGCAAGGCCCGGCUCCUCGCCCUGGGCUGUGAGGGCAGCGCCAACAAGCUAGGCGUCGGCGUCAUCUCGCACGCGCUGCCGCUGCCGCCCAUCCCCAGCGACACGCAGCCCGAGGCCGAGGUGCUCUCCAACUUCUGCAACGUCACCCUCGAGGCCCUGCGGAAGGCCGGCGUCACCCGCCCGCGCGACGAGAUCGACUGCGUCGCCUUCACGGGCGGGCCGGGCAUGGGCGCGCCCCUGACGAGCGUCGCCGUCGCGGCGCGCACGCUGGCCCUGCUGUGGGGCAAGGGCGACGACAUGGUGGGCGUGAACCACUGCGUGGGCCACAUCGAGAUGGGGCGGUCCAUCACGGGCGCCGCCAACCCCGUGGUGCUGUACGUGUCGGGCGGCAACACCCAGGUCAUCGCCUACGCGGAACAGCGGUACCGCAUCUUCGGCGAGGCCCUGGACAUCGCCGUGGGGAACUGCCUCGACCGCUUCGCGCGCACAAUCAUGAUCCCCAACGACCCCGCCCCGGGUUACAACAUCGAGCAGCUGGCCAGGAGGAGCAGCGGCGAGGUCCUGCACGACCUGCCCUACGCCGUCAAGGGCAUGGACUGCUCCUUCAGCGGCAUCCUGGCCAAGGUCGACGACCUCGCCGCGCAGAUGCUGGCGGGGAAGAAGGUCACCACCGCCGAGGGCAAGUCUGUCGAGAUCACAAAGGAGGACCUGUGCUUCAGCCUGCAGGAGACCGUGUUCGCCAUGCUGGUGGAGAUCACGGAGCGCGCCAUGGCCCACGUCGGCAGCCAGCAGGUCCUGAUCGUGGGCGGCGUGGGCUCCAACGUGAGGCUGCAGGAGAUGAUGGGCGCCAUGGCACGGGACAGGGGCGGCAGUGUCUACGCGACGGACGAGAGGUUUUGCAUCGACAACGGCAUCAUGAUCGCACAUGCCGGCCUUCUGGCAUACGAGUCCGGUUUCCGAACCCCUCUUCAGGAUACCACGGUCACGCAGCGCUUCCGGACCGACGAGGUACAUGUCAAGUGGAGGGUCUGA